CCACUUCCUGAAGCUCGAGGCAGGAAGUUAUCUGGUACCUCUGGAGUCCGGUGGAGAAAGUGCUGUCUGCCGCAUUAGGGGCGGCGAGAGCAGGCGGUGCGCCGGUGGACUGGCCGUUUGGUGUCUCCGCAGCUAGGGGCCGGUCUCCACCGCAGCACCACGGCCCCCUCUUACAGCCUCGACCCCGGCGCGGCUGCCGGGGGGGCUCCUGCAAGCUCCUUGACGCCGCUCCAAGGGACACCUACCUGGGCAUCGCCUGGGCCUCCAGCCAAAGGACUGGCUCCCGGCUUCGGCACUCCAGGUCACAGUAAGAAGCGCCCUUAUCAACCCCAGCCCUGUCCCCCUCCCUGAGCCAUCGAGACCCUGGUCCAGAGCGACAGCCUUGGACCUGGGACUGGACGGAUCCAAGACGCUCAGCCCCGGCAUCCCACAGACGGGGCUCUGCAUCGUCCCUGAUAUGUCACCCACCGUCUCCCACAAGGACAACAGUCGGCAACGACGGCCAGGGACUUUCAACCAUUCUCUGGAUAUGAGGAGCGGUCCUUUGCCGCCGGGCGCCUGGGAUGAUAAUCAUCCGGACUUGGUGGGCGGGGAAGGGGACAAAGAAGCUCUUCUGCCGGAUGUCGAUGUUAGUGACCUCUCAAAACCCCCACAGAGCUGCCGGGCCGAAUUAAGCAGCAUUUUGCUGUUGCUCUUUCUUUACGUGCUUCAGGGCAUUCCACUGGGCCUGGCGGGAAGCAUCCCACUAAUUUUGCAGAGCAAAAAUGUUAGCUAUACAGAUCAAGCUUUCUUCAGUUUUGUCUUUUGGCCCUUCAGUCUCAAAUUGCUCUGGGCCCCGUUGGUUGAUGCGGUUUACUUUAGGAACUUCGGUCGUCGCAAAUCUUGGCUUGUCCCUACGCAGUAUAUACUAGGACUCUUCAUGAUAUAUCUGUCCACUCAGGUGGACCAUUUUCUCGGGAAUACAGACGGCAGAACCCCCGAUGUAGCUGCUCUCACUGUGACAUUCUUUCUGUUUGAAUUCCUGGCAGCCACUCAGGACAUCGCUGUGGAUGGUUGGGCGUUAACUAUGUUAUCCCGGGAAAACGUGGGUUAUGCUUCUACUUGCAAUUCAGUGGGCCAAACAGCGGGCUACUUUUUGGGCAAUGUUUUGUUUCUGGCCCUUGAAUCUGCUGACUUUUGUAACAAAUAUUUGAGGUUUCAGCCUCAACCCAGGGGAAUCGUUACUCUUUCAGAUUUCCUUUUUUUCUGGGGAACUGUAUUUUUGAUAACAACAACUUUAGUUGCUCUUCUGAAAAAAGAAAACAAAGAAGUAUCAGUAGGAAAAGAAGAAACCCAAGGGAUCACAGAUACUUACAAGCUGCUUUUUACAAUUAUAAAAAUGCCCGCAGUUCUGACAUUUUGUCUUCUGAUUCUUACUGCAAAGAUUGGUUUUUCAGCAGCAGAUGCAGUAACAGGACUGAAAUUGGUAGAAGAGGGAGUACCCAAAGAACAUUUAGCCUUAUUGGCAGUUCCAAUGGUUCCUUUGCAAAUAAUAUUGCCUCUGAUUAUCAGCAAAUAUACUGCAGGUCCCCAGCCACUAAACAUAUUUUACAAAGCCAUGCCCUACAGAUUAUUGCUUGGAUUAGAAUAUGCUCUACUGGUUUGGUGGACCCCUAAAGUAGAACACCAAGGGGGAUUCCCUAUAUAUUACUAUAUUAUCGUGCUGCUGAGUUAUGCGUUACAUCAGGUUACAUUGUACAGCAUGUAUGUUUCCAUAAUGGCUUUCAAUGCAAAAGUUAGUGAUCCACUUAUUGGAGGAACAUAUAUGACCCUUUUAAAUACUGUGUCCAACCUGGGAGGAAACUGGCCUUCUACAGUAGCUCUUUGGCUGGUAGAUCCCCUCACAGUGAAAGAGUGUGUAGGAGCAUCAAAUCAGAAUUGCCAGACACCUGAUGCUGUUGAGCUUUGCAAAAAACUCGGUGGCUCAUGUGUCACAGCAUUGGAUGGUUAUUAUGUGGAAUCCAUUAUUUGUGUUUUUAUUGGAUUUGGUUGGUGGUUCUUUCUUGGUCCAAAACUUAAAAAGUUACAGGAUGAAGGACCAUCUUCAUGGAAGUGCAAAAGAAGCAAGUAAUAACAUUCACUACUGGACAUUCUAGAAAGGUAACUAUAGUCUAGUUUUAACUCAGAGAGCUAUGAUAAUCAGUGUACAGGAGUAUAAAAUAUUACUUUAAACAGGAAAUUAUUAAUAUAAAAUGCCAAAUGGUUAAAAAAUAGAGAACUCUCUGUAUAUUUGAUUUUAUUUUUUCCUUGCCUUGUCAUUGUAUUUCACGUUUACUUAAGGUCAGGAAAUUGGUACUAAAACAACUUUUCUGGCUUUGUUAUUUGAUUUAUACCUUUGUAAUUUACUGACCAAAGCAUGUUUUAAACUGCAAUGCAGUAGUCAUGGGCGGUAACCAUGCUGUCAAGUAUUGUUAUCAGUACCUGUCAUUGAGCUAUAUUUAAAUGUUUGGAAAAAAAUAUAUUAAAUGGAACAGAGCUUGAUAUUCAGAUAGUAACUACACCUAGUCUGGCCUUGUUGGGCAGUUAAAUCUUAUUUUGAGUUGCAAAUUGGUUAAAUUGUAUGUGGAAUUUGCUGAGAAGAGAAUGUAAACCACUGAAAUGCCAUUUUAGUUGUUAUUUUUCUGAUCAUAACCACAUUAUACUAAUGAAUCUGUGUUAAAAAAAAAAACCUUUUAAAUGUAUUUCCUGCUUUUGUGAGCAGUAAAGAUUUAUAAGAUUAUUCAAACUAUUUUUUAUAAAAUGAAAACUAUGAUUUUUAAUUUAUUAACUCCCCUGCCCACCCUCUUUUUGGAAGAUAUUUUGAUUCCUUGUUAACUUUUACCCUAAAGCUUACAUAUGUUUUUUUGUCAUCAGUGCUUCAUGGCAAAUGGACAGCUCUUGAGGGGGUCAAAUUUAAUGUUGUAUGUAUGUUCAUGGCAAAGUUUUGAAAAUAAAAAACGUUUUUCUUCAAGUAGUUUUUUUUUAUUACUGAAAGAGAAAAAACAGUAAAACUUUCUGAUUAAGUAAAAUUUAAAUGAAUAAUACUAUAAUUUUAGAAACGAAUACUUAGACAAAGACAUUUUGAGCCUUUGACAAAUUACAUGGUGGAAAAGAUUUUUUUAAUUAAGCACUUUACUAAUGUGAAAACAUCUCACAAUUACUUUAUAUCAAAUCAGGUACUGUUUUCCCACUUAUUAAAACAUAACCUUCUGUUUGUAAACUAUAAUUUCUGGUGGAGAAUUGCUAUCCCAGGAGACUUAAGCUUUUGAGUAAUUUAGCAAUUUGCAACAUAUUAUAUGUACCUGAUAAUAAGGUUCUUGAUGUAUUUUGUGUUAUAUAAUACUCUGACUCUUUAGAGGCUAUAUAAAUCUUUCAAAAGGUAGAGAAAAAGGAAGAUGACUCUUAUUUAAUAAUUAUUAUCUUUGUGGGAACAUACAUACUAAUGCCUGAUUUUGUUAAUUUUAAUAACAUAGGUUGAAUUUUAGAGUGGGGUUUUUACAAAUAAUGGAGGAUAAAAUGGGUGGGAGAAAGUGUUACUCAGCAUCUGAAGAAAAGAUAGAGGCAGUGGCUUCUAGAACUCAUGUAUUGUCAUUGGAAAGCCUGUGUUGGGCAUCGGUGUCACAUCCUGAAGAAUCACCUGGAAAAGCAUCCCAGAGACAAGAAGGUCACACCAAACCAUAGACUACAGUGCUUUGUCACAUGGGUUGUCCAUUAUCAUGUAUUAUACUCAGAAUGUUUACUUGAAUAAAGAAAACCCACUUAACUCAUA